AUGCACGACAUCUCGCAAAGGCGUCGUUCGGCCGAGGCCGGCAUCGUAGUGCGACAAGAGCACCACACCUUGAGCGACCACCGACGUGGGCUGGUAAACACAUCUGCGCGCUCUCUCUCUUGUGUCCCCCUCCCAUCACUUUUUGUUCCUCCAUCGAGUGAUGGCGCCAGCGCAAGCUUCCUAGGGACACCGAAAGACCGACCGAGACGACCGACCGUUGCCGAUUCGAUCGGCGUCUCUGUGCCCCACUCCCUCCCUCCCUCCCUGCCGGGGCGCCGGGUGCGAGACUCUCUCGAGUUGACCGAGAAGCCCGCAGACAGAGCGACCUCUGUCCGGGUGAGGGAGGGGAAGGGAGACGACGUUCUGUUAUCGAGGAAGGAGGGCGCGAUCGGCUGCUACUUUUCGGAUCAAGGGAUGGGUUUUGUUCCUUUGUCAAACCCGAAGUCUGUCUGUCUUGCGGCAUUGCCCACGGACAAUCACGGAGUUGGGGACGUCGGACCCCCAACUGAAGGGCCGCUGCGCCUGCAACUACUCCCGGACUUGCUAAGAGACUUACCGGGCAUCAACCUCGCCCAAGCCGUCUGCUGCUUCCCCCAUGUUCUAGAAGAAAAGCAACGUCUGAAUGGACUGGACUGGACUGGGACACACCGGACGCAGCAGCUGCGUGAUCUCGAGACGAGAUCUUACUGUUGUAUCGUCGGAACGGACGACGUUCCUGAGCCACCACCACCACCCUUCCUCGAUUCUGCGGACGUCGUCCACGGAGAGCGGGAACUUGGGUCUGUUCCUACCGCACUCCGCCUGUCUGCCUCCCUUGCAUGGACUCCCCCGGCAACUUAUCUCUCGAUGGCGCCGACGUGA